AUGCCGCCCGCUCUCAGCGACUACGAUUCUGACGAGGCGUCGGAUGGAUUGAGCGAUGAGAAGGGCUACGAGGUAGUAGCGGAUGUGUCAUAUCAGACAAAAGAGGAUUGCUUUCGAGAGGAUGACGACGAAGAUUCCAGUGAAGCCGAGUCCGAGAUAGCCUCAGUAGCUCCUACCGCCACUCCAAUUCGGACUAUCGAGCAGAAAGAGGACAUAGAGGAGGAGCAUCGACCGCAUCAAGAUCUCACCCGAGACCGCACCGGCAAAGUCAGUGAUGCCGAGUCUUCAGUGCUAUCCGCGACGCCGGAUCGUACCCCCCCUUCAGCUCAACGGAGUGUGGAAGAUGACGAUGAUGGCGAGGAGGUACGCGAUAUCAUCGAAGCUUCAAAGGUUAUACACACUAUGCAAAUGCAUCAGGAGGACUCCUCAUCCCCAAUGCCUCAGCCGUCUAAAUUCAAUGGAAAGAAGAACACAGGAAUGCUCGCUGGACUCGACUACCACAACAUCAUCUACAUUUCGGAUGAUGACAAUGCCUCUACCGACUACAUUACGCCCCCAACGUCUUCCUACCAUACUACUAGGCAGGCAGUUCGUGGAGAGCAAAAGGUCGAUCUUCAGUACGACGCUGGUUACCAUCCUCUGGAUGACUACCUCCGACCCAUGCAAGCCGCCAGAGUGAGGUCCAAAUAUGAAGCAGAUGUCAAGCAUGAAGACGUGGACUCGGGUUCGGAAUCAGAUUCAGACCAGGACAGCUUGAAGUUGGAAUCGGGGUCGGAGAGCGAAGAGGAGGACACGGUCAAGAGCAAAGGAACGAAGAAGUUGCAGGGAAAAGGUAUCAAGGUGGAGCGUUCGCCGACAAGACGUUCUGCUCGUGCCACUCAACAAUCUCGUGUUGUCUACAACGUCAACGUCCAUCCCCAAGACAAGGAACUUAGGGAGCUUGGGAUCGUCACAGGCCGCAAGCGACGACUAGAUGAGACUUCGGAUGACGAGGAGGAAGAACACUCGUAUCAACACAAGUCGAAGCAAGUUCGGAUAUCUUCGAAAACUGUGGAGCGGCGUCCCAUCAGAUCUCGACCGCAAAAACGCAAGGCACGUGCCCAGUCCAUCACCUCAUAUGAUGCUUCCAACACCGCUGAGUAUCCUGCACCUCAUUAUUAUGCCGAGGGCCUUGAUGUCUUUGACAUGCCCCCCGGCGAGCGGUACUUUCCACACAAGAAUGAUGCACUGUUCGACGGACUGCUAACUCCGCAUGGAGUCUUCAGGAUUCACGAGGAGUCCCACGAAGUACAACAAGCCGCCCAAGCAAGUGCGAGUCCCCCUAGGACCUUCAUCGAUUACGAAAAGGAGAACAUCGAUCAAGAGCACGUUGAUACGGUGGUGAAUCUAGUUUCUGGUGUGACCAUUCAACCAGCGGACGUGAUGACUGGCAUUGACAGAGAUGUCGAAGAUCAAUUGCUAAGAAUUGCUGGGGUUAGCACGCAAGACUUUGAGAACAUGGAACUAUGAAGAGACUGGGGGACUAAUAUGGGCGACUCAGCGCGCUUUCGCAGCUGGACACUUCAUCUGCUUCCGCAACACUCAGAGUCGAGUUUCAGGCUUUGGGAAGCACUCUAUCUUUGAUCGUGUCAAAGGACGGCGAUCACGAUAUCGAUUUAUACUCGACUCUAACCAGCACAGUAGUUAGUAGCAAAUACUGAGGUAGCUCCAUCUGAUAUCAAAAGUGUUUCAAGG